AAUUACAAAUUCUGAAUGCAGUUAGAGGAUCCUGGGAGGCAGAGUGACAACACCUAGUCUGAGCUGUGUCUCUGACUCAUUUUUUACUUCAGCAAGCUGUUUCAGUGGGGAAGAUGGUGAAGAUGGUCAGUUUCAUUCUGGUCACCACCAUUCUGGUCAUGGGCAUGGAAAGCUGGGCCCUUGAGAACUGUCUCCAGGAGCAGGCACGGCUCAGAGCCCAGGUGCACUUGCUUGAGACCCGGGUCAAGCAGCAGCAAGUCAAGAUCACACGGCUUUUGCAUGAGAAGGAAAUCCAGUUCCUUGAUAAAGGAGAGGAGAAUACAGUCAUUGACCUGGGAGGCAGGAGGCAAUACGCAGACUGUUCAGAGAUUUUUAAUGAUGGUUAUAAACGCAGUGGAUUUUACAAAAUCAAACCUCUCCAGAGCCCAACAAUACUCUCUGUUUACUGUGACAUGUCUGAUGGAGGAGGAUGGACUGUAAUUCAGAGACGAUCUGAUGGCAGUGAGAAUUUUAACAGAGGCUGGAAUGACUAUGAAAAUGGCUUUGGAAAUUUUGUUCGGGAAAAUGGUGAAUAUUGGCUGGGAAAUAAAAAUCUUCACUUACUGACCACACAAGGAGACUACACUUUAAAAAUUGACCUUGCAGAUUUUGAAAAAAAUAGCCGUUAUGCACAAUAUAAACUCUUCAAAGUUGGAGAUGAAAAGAAUUCCUAUGAGUUGAAUAUUGGGGAAUAUUCUGGAACAGCCGGAGACUCGCUUGGAGGGAAUCUUCAUCCUGAGGUGCAAUGGUGGGGUAGUCAUCAGAGAAUGAAAUUCAGCACACGGGACAGAGAUAAUGACAACUAUGAAGGGAAUUGUGCGGAAGAAGAUCGGUCUGGCUGGUGGUUUAACAGGUGUCACUCCGCAAACCUGAAUGGUUUAUACUACACCGGGUCCUACAAGGCCAAAACGGACAAUGGGAUUGUCUGGCAUACCUGGCAUGGUUGGUGGUAUUCUUUGAAAGCUGUGGUGAUGAAAAUUAGGCCAAAUGAUUUUAUUCCAAAUACUGUUUAAUUUUCCCUGGUGGGCUUUCUUUCUGUAAUUAGUCUAGGUUUAAUGUGAUUUGAAAAAUAGCACUUCUGAACAUAUAUGUGCCUAUAUGACGAUGGUAACGGUUAUGGGUACUUCUUUUCAUUCCCACUUACCUUGAUUCCUUAAUGCACUUCCAGUACAGAAAAUAUUUGUAUUCUUCAAAUAAAUAUAGGUUAUUGAAUUCUUAUGUGCAGAAGGUUACAAUAAGCGCUUAUGUUGAACAAAAAAUAAAAAGCACAGACUAUAUAACACGUCUUGGGUAAAUACAUAUUAAAUCAAGUAUACAUGCAAUUGAAAACACACAUGAAAAAAAUCCAGUAAGUAACAGAUUGCCAAAUCAACUGCAGAGACAAUAAAUAUGAGUU